AUGGAAUUGUUUAACGUGGGAAGCACCGAGGGUGUUGAGCUUCAUGUUUUUGAUGAAAAUGGUGUCGAAAGGAGCGACGACGUUUUGAAGAAAGGAUUUAGAAGGGUUGAAAAUCUUCAUGGUGUAACAUACAAGGGGAGAAAGGGUUUGGGUUGGGAGGUUUUUGAAAUGAAUGGAAGAAGAGAUUUAUAUGAGAUUCAGGAUGAGUCACCCAUACCACUUGCCCCUGAGUACCACCAUACUGCAUCUUCUGAUACUUCUUCUUUCUCCUUAGAUGGUUCACCUCCUCUUGGAGAGCGUCAUACAGAGCUACAGACCAUCCAAACAUAUCUUACCACACUCCGGACUGAUUUGACUACUCUUCAGCGGGAUUUUAUGGACUAUACUAAUGUGAUGGCCGAGCAGAUGGAUCAUUUCUCUAGUUUACUACCUCCCGUGACAAAUACCAUGAACACUGCGAAAAGUCAGAGUUUUGGACUAUACGCAGUUGAGUUUUCCAGCUGGGAAGUAUUAGAUGGAUAUGUAAAAUCUUUUGAAUCUUACAAGACUUCAGUAGAGAGUUUCUUAUGCACACUGGUACCCGAAACAUCGAGUUUGCAUAUUGAGUACACUCCUGGUGGACUCAUAUACAGACCAGGUGGAAGCAACUUACAACAUGCAACUUCAAUUACUUUCCUUGGAUUAGUCUAUGCAAAUUACUUGUCCCACACGUCACAUACCAUAAAUUAUGGGAAUGUUCAAGUUAGUGCGCAAUCACUUCGCAAACGUGAUAAUAUAAAAGUUGAUAACAUUUUAGGUGAUAAUCUAUUGGGUUUAUCUUACAUGGUUGGUUAUAGUAACAACUAUCCACAACGUAUUCACCAACACAUAUCGUCUUUACCUUCUGUUAAUGAUCAUUCUCAAAAUAUUGAACGACAUUGUCAUACUAUGACAACCAUGAAGGGACAAUUUACUUCAACUCAACAAAUCCUAAAUGUUCAUGUAGGAGCCAUUGUGGGAGGACUGGAAGAAGAUGAUGUUUAUGUGGAUGACAGGGCACCAUUUGUUGGGGUUUAG